CUUUGCUCUGUGGUAUUAACAUAGGCUACAUCCUAAUUAUCAAGCUGGACUCUGCAAGUGAUUUCAGACAUGUUCCCAUAAGGUUUAUGUGAACAUGUCUUUCUGUCAACUGUUACUGUGGAGAUCAACUCAGCCUUGUACUUGGGAGAUCCUGGAGCUGUUUCAGCCAAUGAAACUUAGUACAGAUUUUCUUUUAAAUUUCCCAGGCUACAUCGCUGCACCUAUCUCAGCUGUUUCACUGAUGGUCCCACCUUGACAUUCAAAAGUACGAAGCAGGGUGGGAAGGAAUAUACUUAACAAAAAAGUCCUCCACUUUGGUACAAGCUCUUGUCAUGGGCAGGGAAAGUGUUUCUGGGACAAGUAGUACCCUGUGACGACUCAAAUCUAAAAUCUUCUUCUCUAUUGUUACCUCAACGGACCAAGAUGAUGCCUUGGCUGCUGCUAGUUUUGUCCAUUUGGGUAGUGCUUGGACAAACGGACUCUGCCCACUCCAGUGAACGGAGAGUUGUAGCACACAUGCCUGGGGACAUUAUCAUUGGGGCACUGUUCUCUGUCCAUCAUCAGCCUCCUGCUGACAAGGUGCAUGAGCGCAAGUGUGGUGCUGUGCGAGAGCAAUAUGGUAUCCAGAGAGUGGAGGCCAUGAUGCAUACACUGGACCGCAUCAACGCUGACCCACACAUCCUUCCCAACAUCAGCCUAGGUUGUGAGAUCCGGGACUCUUGCUGGCACUCAGCUGUGGCUCUGGAGCAGAGCAUCGAGUUCAUCCGGGAUUCAUUGGUCUCCUCUGACGAGGCUGAGGAGUGGGGUGGAGGAGGUUCCUGGGGAGGUGGAGGAGGUGGAGGGGCGACCAUGAAAUGUGCAGACCCCUCUGCAACUCCAAUGCGUGGAAAGAAACCCAUUGUGGGUCUAAUUGGACCAGGGUCAAGCUCAGUGGCCAUACAGGUCCAGAAUCUUCUACAGCUGUUCAACAUACCACAGAUUGCCUACUCUGCCACCAGUAUGGACCUCAGUGAUAAGAGCCUUUACAAGUAUUUUAUGCGGGUGGUGCCUUCAGAUGCCCAGCAGGCGCGAGCAAUGGUGGACAUUGUCAAGAGAUACAACUGGAGCUAUGUGUCGGCCAUCCACACUGAAGGCAACUAUGGUGAAAGUGGAAUGGAAGCAUUCAAGGACAUGGCAGCCAAAGAGGGCAUCUGUAUUGCCCACUCUGGCAAAAUCUGGAGCAAUGCUGGAGAGCAGAGCUUUGAUCGGCUCCUGGAGAGGCUGAGGGCACACUUGCCGAAGGCCAGAGUAGUGGCAUGUUUCUGUGAAGGCAUGACUGUCCGUAAUAUCCUCAUGGCCAUGAGGCGUCAGGGACUGGUUGGAGAGUUCCUUCUUAUCGGCAGUGAUUAAUGCUGUGUAAUUAAAUCAUCGUAACCAGCAUAAUUUGUGUUGUCAUCUCACUCGCCUUAUUCACCAU